AUAGCAUUGAAAACCCUAAAAUAUUCAAACUAUUUGUUCAUGGAAAGGGGGGGAGUGCAUGUUUGUUAAAACCCUUCUUCCUCUUUCAAUUGUUCUCCUUGGCUCUCUCUUUUGAGAAAGUUCCGUUUAAAAAAUUUAUCUUUUAUUUUAAUUGGUUUUCCUCCUUGCCCCUUCUCCCAAUAACCCUCAAUCUUUUAUUUGUAUGCAUAUAUAUGUCUCCCUUUUUGCACUAUUAUUACCAACCUAAUUUGUUAAUUAAUAUUCAUUUCCGACAACAAUCUGUUAUUGAUUUUUUAUAUUCCUGCAGGAAGAAAUUAAAAAACAGAUUUUUCAGUCAAGAUAUAUAAUAUAGAGAGAGUUAAUUAUAAUAUUAAAGCAUGGCUAAUGUGGGUUUUUGCGGUUUGAAGCCAAUGCUCUUUCGCCGCAAGACGAAUAUUUUUGAGGGAAUAAAAGCGUUUGGGUCGCCCAAGAAGUCUUCAAGGGUAAGGGAAAAGGAAAAAGAAAAGAAAAGGAGCAAACCGAGCACUAAUAAUAAUAAUAAUGAUAAUAAGUGUUAUACUAAGUGUAUACCAAAACCAGCUAUUAAAAUUAGCCACAAGUAUAAUGGAGAUUCAAUGGAGUUGUCAUUUAUAGGAGCAGACCAAUUGAUUUUAAUGGUAGAGAUCCAUAAGAAGAUAAUGUCAUUCAGGGACAUCAUGGAUCUUUCUCUAUGUAACAGUUCUGCUUCCUUACGUGAGAUUGUAUUGAAAACCUUGGAGGAUCUCCAGAAGGUUUAUCCAGCGAUCAUACCAAAAAAGGAAGUGGCAAAGAUUAAAGACAAGUCUACGGAUCAGGCUAUGGCGUAUUUGGGCUCGGCGUUGAAGUGUCUUGGAGAGUCGUGGAUGGAGAACAAUGAUUUGAAGGAAAAGCUGAAAAUCGUGCUACCAACAUGCAAGGAUGAAAGCAACAUGAGCAAAAUUGGUGAAAGCAUGUUGGUGACACUAGAGAGCUUGAUGAAGUUGGCAAGUGAGAAGUUCGAUGACGUGGAAGAAGAAGAAGAGGAGGAGGAGCAUGAAAGGAGCAAUAAAUCGUUGAAUUCGUUUUCAGAUACAACAAGCAGCAAUCACAGCUUCUCUCUUUCGUCUUCUCCGAUGACACCAACAUCAGUUCUUCCAUGCGCCUCUCCCCUUCUUUAUUCCCUCAGGGUUCAAGCCGUCGGUAAACUCAACCCUAUCGAUAUCAAGCGCUUGUCUUUCCACAUGUCACCAACGCGCAUCAAGCUUCAAGAGGAACAACACCUUAACAAUCAAACAAUCGAGGAACAAACUAGUUCUCACCAACUAGGGUUUCAUUUCGACACUAUUAUUCACCAACCUCCAACUUUAACAUCAAAUCCCAAUCCACCACCAAUACCUUCACUUCUACCACCACCACCACCACCUCCUCCUCCUCCUCCUCCACCUCCAGUACUCAAUGGAGGAUCAGUUGUAACACUACCACCUCCGCUGCCGCCUUCUUCUCCACCAGCACCACAACUACCUGGAAUAGCAGAUGCAAUGUUGCCACCGCCACCAAUGCCGCCGCGUAGAGGUGGAGGAUCGCCACCACCUCCUCCUCCCGGUGGAGUAGGGAGUAGGUCCUUGCGCGCCAAGGCAACUACUAAGUUGAAAAGGUCAGCACAAUUAGGCACCCUUUACCGAACUCUUAAGGGAAAAUUGGAAGGCUCUAGCGUCACCAACAAACCCUCCGGCGGGAGGAGGGUUGCGGCUGCCGCCACCGGAGCUGGAAAACAAGGAAUGGCCGACGCUUUAGCUGAGAUGACAAAGAGAUCCACUUACUUCCAACAAAUAGAAGAAGAUGUUGAGAAGUACACAAAACAAAUCGUAGAGCUGAAGACUGUUCUUACCAACAUGAAGAUAAACGAAAUGGCCGAACUGAACAAGUCUCACAGGGAAGUUGAAUCCGUUCUUGAGAAACUCACUGAUGAAUCACAGGUGCUAGCGCGGUUUGAAGGUUUCCCCACAAAGAAGUUGGAAGCUCUAAGAAUGGCAGCAGCAAUGUACGAUAAGUUGGAUUCAAUACUCUCUGAACUUCGAAAUUGGAAUCUUGUGUCUCCAUUGGCUCACCAACUUGACAAGGUUGAACGUUACUUCAACAAGAUCAAAACCGAUUUAGAUGCCUUGGAACGAACCAAAGAUGAAGAAGCAAAGAAACUUAAAAGCCAUAACAUCGAAUUUGACUUCCAUAUUCUAGUAAAAAUCAAGGAAGCAAUGGUGGACGUUUCCUCAAAUUGCAUGGAGUUAGCACUGAAGGAGAAGCGAGAUAAUGAUGGUAGCAAGAACGAAGCAGCAAAACAAGAAUGUUGCAAAUUGCUAUGGAAGGCAUUCCAAUUUGCUUUCAGAGUCUAUACAUUCGCUGGUGGACAUGAUGAUCGUGCUGAUAGGCUAACAAGAGAACUAGCACAGGAAAUAGAGAAGAACCCUAUCAAUCCAUCCAUUUCAAUCAUGAACAAAGAAAAGAAAAUUGCAUGAUAUAAUUAAUAAUAUGGAGUUAAAAAGAACAAAACAAAACAAAAAAAAUCUGGUUUCAAACCCAUAUAUGUAUAUAUAUGAGGUCCCCUUUAUUUUUUUAUUUUUAUUAGCUCCAAAAAGCCAUGUGUAUAGUAAAUGUUGCUUGGCUACUUGGAGAUUAAAUCUUAAAAUUUUUUUAUUAGGAACUAGUCAUGCUUGGAGAGUUUUCAAUAUUAAUUAUGGAAACUCUAUUGUAAUAUUAUUAUGAUGAAGCAUUGAAGCUAAACUAAUUAAUAAACUUGCAGCUUCAUGCUCUAA